AUCUACUCAAUAUUGGCGUCCUUGUGCCCGUCAACAAAAAAAAGAUCCGUUUUACAAGUUGCAUCAUCUUACGUGUCUGCCUUCAAGCUGUCUGGCCACGACCAGAGAAUCGUUUAUCAGAGGGAGUUCUGAGAACCCCCAUAGACCUCAUAAAAUACGGAUUACAGCACGUUACUCCCCGUACGAUCGCCUGCGAAUUAGUGAAAAACAAGGAUGGCCCUGCUGAAGCGAGCUUUCAAGCGGCGCUUUAUGCUGCUUUCAAUGGUCUGCUUCCCACGGGGAUGAUGUGCUUAUUCGAGGUGAAAGCCAAGAGCCAGGACAAACUUGAUCUAUUGGUGAUCAAACAUAAUGAGAAAUGGGCCGGCUAUGAGCUAAAGUUCAACAAGAUAUCUCGAGCGGAUUUCAAUGGUCCUGUAACACAAGCUGGAAAAUAUGCCGAACAUUUUAGGAUCAAUAUUCAUCUCCCGGACACUUCUUCAACCCCAGUAUUUCCAGAUACAGCAGCCAACAUAAUUGUAGUGAACGUUAAGUGCAACAAGGAUUGCUCACAAUUUAAUAUUGAUUCCUCAAACUCAAACGGUCCUAAGAAUGAGUUUAUCAAUAAUCUACUUUCAAAUUCAAAGUAG